ACUUGAAAAAGCAAGUUCAUUUAUUAUUACAAAAUUAAUUCUUCAUAUUAAUUUUUUUAGACAUUUUAAUUAAUCUAUAAUAAAGAAAAAUUGUAAAACUUAAAGUUUUCAUUGUUAUAAAACGAAUAUAAAUACGAAAACAAUUAAAAAUGGAUACGCCGUACAAAAAUAGUACAAAUUUACAAACAACUGCAAACCAAAAUAUUCAAUCAUCAACAAAAUUAUAUCCUUCAAUGCAGCCCGGGUUUAUUCCUUUUGAAGAAUCAACUCCAAAGAAUAGAAAUAAAUUUUACCAGAAUGGUAGAAAUAAUACACCAUAUAAUAAUGCUGAAUGUUUUUCAGCAAAUCGUCAAAACCAUCGUACAUCUGGGCCAAAUUGGUCGAACCAUAGAAAUAACAAAAAUUUCAGGCAAAAUAAUUUUAAAAAUAACUCACAUUUUAAAACAGCAGAUAGUGAAAGCUAUGUAAGAGACAGCAAAGAUAAUGCAGCAAAUUUCAAUAGACCACAAUUUCAAAAUGCAAAUAAUUGUUUUAAUAAAAACAGAUUCAACUUUCCCCAGAACAAUAGGCGAGAGAGCAAUUUUAAUGAUAAUGGACGUAGAGGUGGUAAUAAAUCUAAAUAUGUUAGUGGUUCUUUUAAAAAUAAUAAAGAUAAAGAGAGCAUAAACAUAUCAGAAUUUGUGCACCCUUCAAUGCUGGAAGAUCCGUGGAGGGAGUUAGUGGAACGACACAACUUUAUUCACUCGAGUAAUUUGAAAAAAUCGAAUGAAAAAUGUGUAAAAGAAUCAUUUUCUGACGAUUCAACCACCGAUUCGGACAGAAAUAGUAAUCCAAACGAAGAUGAGGAUAUCUCGAACAGAAUAUUAAAUGAUUAACUAUCUUUUCAGUUUGAUUCAUAUUUUUAGAGAAUUAUAUUAUAGUACAUUUUAAAAACUUUUAAGAACCUUUUUAAAAUUAAGAAAAGAAACAUUUUAACAUUCUUUUGUAUAUAGAGCAUAUCUUUCGUAUUUAUGUAUAAAUUAAUAAUUGAAAUAAUUGUAAUUUUGACGAAAUUGUUAAUGGAGAAAAUAAA